GUGCCUGGAAUGCUGGCUUGCUGGGCGUCUUCUCCACAGAGUUGCAGGCUGCUGUCACCUAAUCCACGACUUACUCCGUACCUCGGCUUGCUGUAUCACCUUUACCUUUGACGGCAGGUACGACGCCGUCUAAUUCUGCCAAAACUUCAUCUUUGCAAGAGCAUCUCCAUCGCCAUGUCUUUCCUAGGAGGUGCAGAGUGCUCAACUGCAGGCAACCCGCUUACACAAUUCACCAAACAUGUCCAGAGUGACAACAGCCUUCAGCGGGACCGCCUUGUUGGGCGGGGUUCUGGUGGCCUCGAAGAGGGCAUGCGCUCUCGUAUGGCUCCCAAUGGAUCGGAUCAAAUGAUGAACGACUUUAUGCAUCAAUCCGGCCAAUUGCCACAGCCCUUCGCAAUGGAACAACUCCGACAAGACCUCCCCAAUCUACAGAACAUGACUCGGCGGUCCCCUUCACCCGGCUGGGCAGCAGAAUUCGAUCCUGGCGAACAAGCAAGAAUGGAGGCUGCGUUUGCAAAUUCCAAAAUGGGGACCGCACCACAGAGACCGGGCGCGUUCUCACCUCAAGAGUUUGCACGAUUUCAGCAAUCCAGUCCUCGGACGGCAAGCCCUGUGACUCAGACACCUUCGAUCUAUAGGCCUAUGGGACCGGGUUAUAUGAACGGCGGCAUGGGGAUGGGAAUGAAUUAUGGAGCCCAAUAUAUGCAACAUCAGCCAGAUCAGAUCACGGACAAAGGAAAGGGCAGAAUGGUGGAACUCGACGACGCCAACUGGGAAGCACAGUUUAAGGAGCUCGAGUCACAACAUGACAACCUCUCAGAGCAAGCCAAUCAAGCCAUGGAAAAGGAGCUCGAGGAAAUUGACAGACAAAUGACCGAAGACGCCGCCGAUUUUGAAAAUGCCUUCUCAAGUGAAGAUUAUGCCGCUUGGGAUCAGUUUGAUUCCACGAUGGGCUUGGGCACUCACAACCCCUUUGAGCGCGAACCUAUGCUCGGCGACUAUAUGUUUGAGCCUCAGAAUCCGUAUUUAGAGGUGGACGAAUCGGAAAAGACAGCGUUUGAGUAUGGGAAAGAGAUUCUCGAAGCUCACGGCAACCUCUCCCUUGCGGCACUGGCAUUCGAAGCAGCCGUCCAAAAAGACCAAUCCCAUGUUGAAGCAUGGGUACUGCUUGGUGCAGCCCAAGCACAGAAUGAAAAGGAAGCACCCGCCAUUCGAGCUCUCGAAACAGCUGUACGAUUGGAUCCGAAUAACCUGGAUGCUCUGAUGAGCCUAGCGGUGUCCUACACCAAUGAGGGCUAUGAUAGCACAGCCUACAGAACCUUGGAACGUUGGCUGUCUGUGAAAUAUCCUCAUAUUCAUCCUCCCGAGGAUCUGUCGGAUGGUGCCAACAUUGGGUUUACAGACCGUGCACUCUUGCACGCGAAGGUAGUAAAGCUUUUCAUCAAAGCGGCUCAACUCUCGCCUUCUGGAGAAAAGAUGGACCCAGACGUACAGGUCGGCUUAGGAGUACUAUUCUACGGAAACGAGGAUUUUGAGAAGGCCGUUGAUUGUUUCAGAGCCGCCCUCGAGUCAACAGAGACCGGCCUUGCGAACAGACAAGGCCAAGUCCAUCUAUUAUGGAACCGAUUGGGGGCAACAUUGGCGAAUUCCGGGCGGUCAGAAGAUGCCAUUUCGGCAUAUUGCAAGGCACUGGAAGUCAACCCCAAUUUUGUCCGAGCACGGUAUAAUCUGGGCGUUUCAUGUAUCAAUAUUGGUUGCUAUCCUGAAGCCGCUGGUCAUUUACUCGGAGCGUUGAACCUACAUCGCGUUGUUGGAGACCAAGGCAUGGACCAAGCCCGCGAAAUCAUGGCUGCUGAAGGUAAUGGUGGAAUCGGUGAUGCCGAGCUGGAGAGGAUGAUACAACAAAACGAGAGCACGAAUCUUUACGAUACCCUGAGAAGAGCAUUUACCGGCAUGGGAAGAAGAGACUUGACGGAACGGGUGGGUGCUGGGAUGAACCUGGAUCAAUUUAGAGGUGAAUUCGAGUUCUAAAAGUGCCGGAACCAUAUAAAGACGCAAAAUGAUCAUGACCUGGGAAUGAAGCA